UCAAAUCAUUCUAUCGCGAAUUACGGAAGGGGAUAGUACUUACCUACAUACUUUCCUCGUAGUUUAUUUGAAUUAGUAAUCGAUUAGUUUAUGAGAGAUCAUUGUUAAGUGCAUCGUUAUUAAGUAUUUAAGUAAUUAGAAAAGCGUUUGUUUGAAUUCGUAUAUAUUUAAGAAACUUUUGGGUGCGGUGUUUUAUUGUGUUCUCGUGAUGGUGAACUUACCAGGCCCAAAUGAACAGCCGGCACGGGAAAUGGGUGAGAGGAGUCGGGAGCGCGCUCAGCGGGGCUUCCGCCAGUGGGGGCACCGGUUUGGGAGACGUCGCGAGGAGAUGCGGAUUGCCGAGCCCACAAGCUUGCACCAACUCGAGGAGCUAGCCUGGCGCUCCGUUGAGAUAAUGUUAAAACAAGAGUCCAAUAAAGGGAGGACGGUAGCUGAAAGUUUCAAAACCGCUAUGGAACUUUUGAGAUUACAGUAUAACAUGAAUUUCAUCGUGCUGUGUGAAAGAUGCGGCGCCAGACAUGGUUAUGACGACAUGUUGAUGGCACCCGAACGUUAAUAACAAAAUUAAUUGAAGAAUUCCCAAAAAUAAUAAUCCAUAAGUUUUUAUAAUACCUUUACAUUUUACUUUUUAUUAUAUAUUUUAGUCAAUACGAGUCUUUGCAAGAUUAAUAAGAAUAUUUUAAUUAUAAACUUCUAAAAU